AUGUUGGUUCCAUCGACCUACCUCGUCUCGGUCUCGCUCGCCGCUCGCAGAUCGACAUCUCGCUCAGCCGUUCUGACAUCUUCUACCUCUUCGCCUAAUGAUCCCUCGCCGUCAUCUUCUCGCUAUAUACCACCACCUUCGACUACUGAUUCUGCGUUCUCAACCCGCGAACCCGAACGUCCAAUAAGUAGUGAAGCCGCUGUUUCCACCUCAACCUCCCGUACACCUUCGGUAAUCACCACCCAGACCUCGCUCACAACUAUCACCCUUCCCAAUGGUCAGACUUCCACCUCCACCGCAUAUGCAGUCACCACCGCCAACGGCCAACUCUCCGGUAGCUCGGGCAACGGUGGUGGUUCAUCCGGUUUCUUCUCUAACUCUGGUGCCGUUGGUGGUACCUUUGCUGUCGUUGGGCUUGUCGUAGCCGCUCUCGUUGCUGCCCUUUUCUACAUGUUGUGGAGGCGACGAAAGGCACAGAAGAUGGACGCUGAUGUUGUUGCCGCCGCCUCGGCUGCUGCUGCUACCAAACGUACUCCCUUUGACGAUGAUGACCCCGAGAUGAUCGAGCACCCUAGCUACGGUACCGGUACUGUCGGUGGAGCUGCUGCAGGCGCAGGAGCUUAUGGCGCGUCCAACUCGAUGAUGCAGCAAUACUACCAGAACUACGGUCCUGCUGCCAGCGAAGGCUACGAACCUAGCCACAUGUCUGGCGGUACUGCACCCGGCUAUGCUGGUAUGGGAGCAUACGGCCCUAUGGCUGCUGGUGGAGCUGCUGCCGGUGGCGCUGCUGCUUACUAUGCCAAUGCUAACGGUACUGAUGGCUCGCACUACUACGAGAGUGUUCCCACUGGACUCAACGACAGUGCUUAUGGUGGAAUGGGCUCGACGGGUCACGACAACGAAUACGGCCAGAGCGCUCAUGAUGACCCCUACGGCGCUGGAAGCGGGUACACGCACAGCGGUGCACCUCAGCUUAACUGGGCUCCUGGUGCUUCGCCUCCCCUCGACUCGGAUGUUUACGCCGAUCAUGCAGGCCAGCAUCAGGCAGGUCAGGAUAACGUCUUCGCCGACCCCAGCAGCAGCAGUAACGAGACCGACGGUCGUAUCGACAUGACCGCCCACGAGGCCGGGUCUGCGGUCAGUCUUAGGGAUGAUCAGGAUUAUGGUCGUCGAUUGGCCGUCCGUAAUGGCGAGAACUAA